AUGUACCUUGGUCUUUUGUUCUUCUUUGUAGCUGUCAUCAUAGAGAGAGAAAUACAGAGAUUUUUGGGGUUUUAGAGUUGGGUUUUGCCUUUCUCAGUUUAAGAAACAGAAAGGGAGAGAGUCCAUGGAUUUGCUUAGCUAGACUUGGUAGUUUCCUUGGGAGUAAGUAAGCUACAAUUCAGUGAUUGCAUUUACUGCGUAAUUCUAAAACCAGAUUCUGCUUUUUUGGUGAAGUUUGAAAUGUAUAUAGAAUUAUAAGCUUUUAGCAGUGAUUUUAGACUUUUUGGUGUGGAUUGAUUGAUGGAAGCAAUGUCUUUGUGCACUUGGAAAUAUCCUUUCUGCAAAUUGGGCUUCGUGAAUACACAUAGAACCCUGUAUAGGACAAGGUUGAAUGUUGGUCUAGCUUUAAGUCCAUCCCCAGUGCUCUUACACACAGAUGGAAGUGGCAAGUUUCAAGAGUAUAAGAAGGGUUCUGGUUCAAAUACAGUUGGUAUAAUAGGAGGGUUAUCUGUUAAUUCUACUCUUAAUUUUUUGAGAAACCUUGUUAACUGGAGUUCAAGAGAUGGAGAAAGUUGUCCUCCUUUUGUUCUUUGCUCUGAUCCUGCGUUGAGUAAGGAGCUGUUAUUGAUUGAGAGACCUUCUUUUCCUUAUGUUAGCCGUAAAAAUGAAGGUACAGAAUUGGAUCCUACUCUGAUUGUGGAGAAUUUGAGGAGUAAGAGGAUUUAUCUUGAAAAUUCGGGAUCUCGUUGCAUCGUAAUGCCUUGUCAUAUUUCACAUUCUUGGCAUGAUCAAAUUUCAGAGGGAUGUUCUGUUCCUUUCCUUCACAUGGGUGAGUGUGUUGCCAGGGAACUCAAGGAAGCAAAGUUGAAGCCACUUGAAGCUGGGAGUCCUUUGCAGAUUGGAGUGCUUGCAACCUAUGCAACUUUGAAAGCAGGAUUCUAUCAAGAGAAACUGCGGAAUGAGGGUUUUGAGGUUGUUCUGCCAGAUAAAGCAACAAUGGAACACACUGUUAUCCCUGCUUUUGAAGCCUUAAACAGAAAGGACACAGAAGGGGCACAGAAUCUCUUGAGGAUUGCAGUCCAGGUUCUUCUAGUGAGGGCUGCCAACGCUGUAAUUCUUGCCUCCGAUGAUUUGCGGGAUCUUCUUCCCCUGGAUGAUCCUCUUCUUAAGAAAUGCAUUGACCCUAUGGAUGCAUUGGCCUGGUCAACCAUAAAAUGGGUUCAAUCUGCUAAAGAAGGUACAUAAAAGAGAAAACAGUUCCUCCUACUUGAAUCUUGAUAUUAAUGUAAAAUAUAUUACUUCAUCAAUUAAAUGUUGCCCCUGCAUUCUUUUGUAGUGACUUUGUGAAUUAAAUAUUAUUCGAAUGACGAAAGAACUCUUUGAA